AUGCAGCGCAUCUUCCGCACUUCUGUUCGCUGCUUCUCCACAUCUAUACCGCGUCACGAGAUCAAAGACAUCGGCGCUUUAUCCCAGCGCCUGAUCCCAAAAUACCAAGAAUCCUGUGAUGGGGAGCUUCUUUCUCUUCAGUGGCCGGCACCGCCACGCAACAUCUUCCUGGUGCGCAAGGAUUGCGCACCAGCUGUGACUGAUUCUCUGAUUGAAUUUGUAAAUCAUAUUUCCUCCGCAUACCCAUCCAUCCGAAUCAUUCUCGAGUCGAAGACCGCUGCCGAAGUACAUUCAUCACUCCCUUUCCCCGUCUAUUCAGCCUGCCUCGACGAGAAGCCAACCGCAUUGCAUGAGAAAGUUGACCUUACGGUGACAUUAGGCGGAGAUGGCACCAUCUUACAUGCCUCCUCGCUUUUUGCAACCUGCUCAAAUGUUCCACCUGUCUUGUCAUUUAGCAUGGGCACAUUAGGAUUCCUGAGUGAAUGGAAAUUCUCUGAAUUCAAAAGAGCCUUUCGAGAAGUCUACAUGUCUGGAGCUGGGGCAGGAGAUCGCACCCCGGUGCUUGAAAAGCCCGCCGAAACAACGGAAUUAUUAGGGCAAGAAUCCGAGAUGGGUCCAACAGGAUGGUCUUCUGUUCGAGGAAAGUCCAUGGGCUCAACUCGCGGGGCACGCAUUUUGAUGCGCAAUCGGCUGAAAGUUGGGCUCUUUACCGCCGACGGCGUCGAAGCUACCCCAAUCCGGACCAAAACAGAUCAGGGCCAGGGAGUCUAUGUGAUGAACGAGCUCCUCAUCCACCGCGGCAAGGAACCGCAUUUAGCAGUAGUGGAUGUGUUUGUUGGAGGGCGCUUCCUGACCGAAGCCGUGGCUGACGGCAUUAUCAUCUCCACCCCGACCGGGAGUACUGCAUACAGCCUCAGCAGUGGGGGUAGCAUUGUGCAUCCACUAGUCCCAGCCAUUCUCUUGACGCCGAUCUGCGCGCGUAGCCUCAGCUUCCGCCCAUUGGUCCUCCCUUCCAGUACGCCUAUCACCCUGCGACUCAGCGAGAAGAAUCGCGGGCGUGAACUGGAAGUCAGUCUAGAUGGGGUCAACCUGGGCCAAGGGAUGGCAGUCGGCAUGGAAGUUCGAGUUUGGAAUGAAGAGAUGCGUCACGGCGAGAAUGAAUGGCAGGGUGGUGUACCCAGCGUUAUGCGGAGAAACAUGCCACUUACAAUGCACAGCAACAUGUACUCUCCCGAUCAGUUCAUGAAUCCGGGGCCCGCUCCCCGCCCCCCGACCGAUCGUCCUCCUCAGUUGACUCUGCCCACCAACAAUGCCACUGCCUCUUUUGGCCAGAUGACUUUGGACUCGCCAAGUACCCCGGGCCCGGGAUCGGCCAAUCUUUCGCUGUUUCCCAAUACCAGUAGCCCAUCUCUCGCCAUGAGUCGGAGCAAUACCCAAAGUGGAAUCACCAUUAUCAAAGAAGGUCAUGUUCGUUGCAAAGAAGACAAGUUCUUGGCGACAUGGAACUCGAGAUAUCUGAUCUUGCGGGAGUACAAACUCGAAUUCCUGAAGAACGACUCGAGCAAGGUGGUGAUCUCCUUCCCACUUUCGUCUGUUACUGCGGUGGCCCGCUCGGAGGAAUCUAAGAUGGCUUUCGAGGUGACUCGUCUCGCCAAUCCAAAAGAUGCCUCGUCGAAAUCUGUUCUCCUUACUCGCGACCUGCCCACCAAAACCAUCACCUGUGAAGUCAAAUCCGACGACGAAAUUUAUGAAUGGAUUGACAAGAUCUAUGAGCGAUGCCCUGGUAUGGGCGGAGUCAGCAAUCCAACCAACUUCAGUCACCGCGUUCAUGUCGGGUUUGAUCCCAAGACUGGUGCCUUUGUGGGCUUGCCACCAGAAUGGGAGAAGCUUCUGACAGCAUCAGCCAUUACCAAGGAAGAUUACAAGAAGAACCCACAGGCCGUCAUUGAGGUCCUUGAAUUCUAUUCAGACAUCAAGAUGCGUGAGCAGAACCCUCAAUAUUAUUCUGGUAUGAACACACCUUCCGGCAAUGGAGCCAAGUCAUAUGGCAAUAGUGUCGGAAAUUCCAUCGCCCCCCCACGACCUCCUCCACCAGGACCAGCGCAACGGCUUGAUAGCGGCCAAUCAAAGCAGUCUGAUGCUAUGCGCUCGGUUUCCUCCCCUUCGCAAGGCAGAGAGUCCGAUCGUGCCGCUGAACAGCAGAAACAAGCCGAACACCUUAAAGAGCUGGCUGAGCAGGAGCGCCAACGUUUAGAUGAUCUCCGUCGUAAGGAGGAACAAGAUGCCUAUAACCAGUCCAUCCCCCAAAGCCGUACGCCUAUGGCUAAGCAGGAACUCGGUGGCUAUGGUGGAGAAGAUUCAUCUAGCAACAGCCGCUACCAGCCAAGUCGUCCAGCCCCUCAGGCCCCAGGAGCUGGUGCUCGUGCUCAAGACCCGCGACAGUUAACCGCACAGCGACCCGCACCAGCACCGCCUUCGCAGAGCCCGUAUGGCCAAGCUGCUCCCCGUGCUCCUGGUGCACCACGAACCGAUGAUCGCCAAGGCUCUCCAAGCUCGCGCUAUCCCCCUAACGAUCCUCGCGCUCAGGACUCUGCAGCCCGUUCUCAACAGAAUGGCGCCAAGGGUCAGCAGGCCCAGGGACCUCCUCCAACACGUCUGCCUGCCCCUGUUCAGGCCGUCAAGCCUCUGAACAUUGCCAACAAGCAAAAUGGAGCCAAGCAGAAUGUCCCCGAUGGCGUUCGCCAAGCCGAAGCUGCUUUGACCAAGAAGCCGGAGCCGCGCCAGAAGGAGGUGCGCAUGUCCGCCAUGUCCGAGAACGAGGUCAUGGAUCGACUUCGCUCGGUCGUGUCCAAGGACAACCCCAACGAAUCAUACAGCAAGCAACGCAAGAUUGGACAGGGUGCCUCCGGAUCCGUGUAUGUCGCACGUGUUAAGGAGGGUGCCACCUCGGGCGUUGCCAAAGAGCUCUACCGCCAGUACGGUGCUAGAUGCCAGGUCGCUAUCAAGCAAAUGGAUCUGCGUAGCCAGCCCCGUAAGGAGUUGAUCGUCAACGAAAUUAUUGUCAUGAAGGACAGUCAGCAUGCCAACAUUGUCAACUUCCUCGAUUCAUUUUUGCAGGAAUCGAGCAAUGAGCUCUGGGUUGUUAUGGAGUUCAUGGAGGGCGGUGCUCUGACCGAUGUGAUUGACAACAACCAAGUCAUUUCCGAGGACCAAAUUGCAACCAUUUGUCUCGAGAAGCCCGAGAAGCUAAGCAAGGAACUCAAGGCCUUCCUGAGCGUCUGCCUCUGCGUCGAUGUCCGCAGCCGUGCCACGGCUGACGAGCUCUUGGCUCACGAAUUCCUGCAGAUGGGCUGCAGCUUGGCCAGCUUGGCCGAGCUCCUACGCUGGAAGAAGGCCAAUGGCCAGUAA